AUAUCCCGUGUUCCAGUCUUCCCAGGCUGCUUCAAUCAGGCAUGGUGAUAGCACAGCAAGUAAAAGAGGGCAUCAUCGAUGGGACAUCCGUUGAAGACUUGUAUAAAAAGAGGGGCUCUUACCAGUUUAAAAAUAUUCCUUCUCCUGCCACUGCGAGAAAAUCUUGGAACAGAGUCUGACUGUCUAAUUUACGGCUCAUAUUUAAAAGAUGAUAUCGACGGUGCCUUUGAAAGCAUGUUUUGCACUUUUGUUUGCGGUGAUGUCGAUCAUUACGGAUCCUGUUGGUGCGCAAUGGAACACCGGUGACGGUGGAGUCCAAUGGCAAUUAGAUUGCGACUUUGAUGGCUACGACAUUGGCAAACAAGAGAUUGCGGGAGAUCAAUGCGGCAGACUCUGCAUCAACACACCAGGCUGCAAUCAUUUUAGUCACUUCCAAGGAGUCUGUUAUUUGAAAAAUGCACCGAUUGGUACUUCCCGUCAGUACAAAGCUGACUGCGUUUGUGGUUAUAUUCCAGCAAGCGGUGGUGGAAGCGGAGGAGUCAAGGGCACUUUCUGGGCGGAGCAAUCUGAUGCUGGUGGUUGUCAAAUGCCUCAAGGUGAUUACGUGGUCGUGGAUGCCAUCGCGUUAGGACAAUCACAAGCCCUUGGUAACUUGAAAUGGCGACAAGGACUGUGCGGCCAGGUGUUGCGAAUCGAUUGCGGAAACGGACCGGUUGACGCUGUUGUGGCCAGCACUUGCAACUUGAACAGUGACUCUUGCGGAGUGGACAUGAUUGGCAAGACAUGGAGACAAGCAACUGCCAACAAACCACCCGGCAUCGUCGAUUGUAGCGUCUCUUUAACCAACCGGAAUCCAAUCAGAGGCAAUAAUGCUUUAUGUUAUUUCCGUCCCAAUUCGGAGACCAGCAAUGCGUACUACGCAAUCCUUGGCGUUGUUAACACUGGUGGAAGGAUCAGUUCAUCGGCUGUAGCUGCUGGAGUGGCUGGUCGUCGGAACAACGAUGGCUGGUUUGAAUUUAACGGUGCCGGAUCGCCCCGUUUCACACCGGACGCUCAAGUUGUCUUUAGUUAUGAAGAUGGAUCGUCUUCGACCUUCACGAUUCGCAAUUGCCUCAAUGGAGGACAAGUGAAAAUUUUCCAAUGAGUGUUUCAUUUGUAUAAUGAGCUCAGUUAAUAUAUUAAACGUAAUCUUGUUCUCAUC